CCUCAGCCACAACCCCUCCCCCGAUGACCUCAGCGCCGUGCCCAACAUCACCAAGGUGAGCGCAAGCAUCCCAGUCUGCACGGCUGAAACACAACAACAUAUCCAGUGCCCUCGUCGUUGCAGAUGGACAAGGCCUCGAUCAUCAAGGACGCGAUAGAGUACAUCCAACAUUUACAGGCAGGGGAGCGGCAUAUGGAGGUCGAGGUUUCCGUGCUCGAGUCCGCCGCCGGUGCUAAGGAUAACUAUGGCGACGGCCUAUCCGUGGAGCAGGUCUCCUCAGCACAGAGGAAGAAGGUGAAGCGCGCCGUAUCUAUUACGUCCAUGAACGAUGCCUUGCUCGCCGCGGCAGUAGUAGUGACGUCGCUGCCCGUGGAGGUCCUGGAGCUUCGCGUGCCAGAGGUGAGCGAGAAGCUGCUGGUGGUGAGCAUGACGUGCAGCAAGAAGCGUGGCGCCAUGACCAAGGUAUGCAGCGCGCUCGAGGAGCUCUGUCCCAUGGUAAUCAUCGCCAAUAUCACCUCCAUCUCCGACUGCAGCAUGCACACCCUCUUCGUCAAGGCGCUCUCCGAUGUUGCUGGCGACGACACACGUGACCUCCACAGGCAUGUUCGACGUGCUCUCUGGUGUUGCUGGCAUGGUCACCAUGGUCGCCGCAAGCCGCGGAGGCGCAUAGCAAGUGUUCGAUGAAAUGUAUGAGCCAAAUACAAUUUUACUCCACUAAGUAUAGGGGAUCGGCUAGCUAGAAACGACCAAAACUUAGAGGAGUAAAAGUUUACUCCACUAACUUUACUCAGCCGUUUACUUCUCUAUAUUUUAGGGGAUUAGCUAGAGAUGCUCUUACAACUAGAGUGUUCUUCUUUUCUCUAUCAUGUGUCAAUUCUCACAGAGGGGAAUAUCAUAUGGAAACCAACAGUGGAAAACGGUGAAAACCCCGUGAAAAUGAAGUUUUUAAGUUUCAAAAAAACAUGGGAUGUUAAAAGGGUGAUAUUCUAUAGCUAUGCAAAAUUUCAAGUUCAAACGCAUUGCAGGAUGUGAGCUAUGAAAAAAAACCCAGUAUUGGAUAGUGCCAAAUAGUAAUGUCACUAUUCAUAACUGAAUUUAUGUCUUUUCAUGGCUCGCAUUCCGUAAUGUGUUUUAACUUUAAAUUCCAGACAACAGCAAAAACAGCACAAAAUUCUGAAACUAAAGCCAUGUAGGAGUAGCAUUCAGGCUGCGACUUACAAUCAAGCAAACUCCACUUGUGAGCACACAAGCUAGAUUGGAUUCCAGUCAACCAACCAACUCAACUACCAGCUGCCUGCUUACAAAGUGACAAAUGUAUAUAAUAUCAACAUCCAACAUCUACUACUUUUCUGAGAAUCAUGUCGUCAACUCAUCUGCCUUUGCCUUUUCAGAGCUACUAAUACGUUUCUUCACCAAAUUAGAUACUGUCAAUGCCAAGCAUUAGGAUUCACCUGGACCCUUUCUGUGGUAGCCUCGGAGCGAUCUGCAGUUUGGCGGUAAUCAAAAGCUUCAAGGACAACUGAUAUUCAGUGGCAUGCGUCUUUCAGAGACAACCUUGGACUAUUAUUUGCCCCUAAUCAGCUAGGAUAUACGAAUGAGCAGAUUUUGGUCCAAGGUUGAUAUUCAGUGGCAUGCGUCUUUCAAAGUCAAAAUUAGCACUUAAUUCAACUCUGAAUCUCCAUAGCUGGCGAAGAUCUCAAGGCUAAUUUUGUGCAUGCAUAUCUCUAGCAGUGAUCUUUCUGCGACCAUUGGACCAGCUUUUGCAUGGAUAUUCAUAUUAACUAGAAGAAUUGGGCGUGCUUUACUGCGCCGUU